GGAGAGAGAGCGCACCGCUGAGGCGGCUUUCGUGUCCCGAAACGCGACAUGUUGAAGCCGGGCGGAAGCUGCUGGUCUGCGUUUCCUCCAUUUUACGUAACAACCUAAGAAACGCCCCCUUUUCGUCCUCCCAGGCGCCCCGCCCCUCCGCCGCCGCCGCCGCCUUUGCUUUCAAACCACAAACCAAAUGGGGGACCCCGUGGAAGAAGAGGAGGGGCCGCCGCGGGGGAGUCCGGCGAUGUGAGCUCAGGAGGGCUCGGCGCAGCUCCGCUUGGGAAUCCCCUGAACAUUUUUGUGUGAUGAGCUGUAGGUUGUCUUUUGCUACCUUGCUGAUGGGACUUCUGCUCACAAGAACCAUGGCUUGGAUUUCAUCUGGGAAGACCCAUGCUGAAAUGAUCAACAACCUUUACAAAAAUGGUGUGUUUACGUCUCAGCGUGUUUUUGAUGUACUGUUGGCUACAGACAGAGCCCACUAUAUUAAGUAUUUUCCAUAUAUGGACUCUCCUCAAUCAAUCGGUUACAAGGCUACAAUCAGUGCACCUCACAUGCAUGCUUACGCUCUUGAGUUACUGAAGGAUCAGCUAGUAGAAGGAGCAAAAGCGCUGGAUGUUGGAUCAGGAAGUGGAUAUCUCACAGCUUGUUUUGCAAGGAUGGUGGGCCUGACAGGCAAGGCAGUCGGCAUCGAACACAUUGAAGAGCUGGUUCAUGAAUCUAUUAGGAACGUCAGAGAAGAUGACCCAACUUUGCUUAGCUCUGGUCGAGUAAAACUUCUAGUUGGGGAUGGCAGGAAGGGGUACCCAGAAGAAGCCCCUUAUGAUGCCAUCCAUGUUGGAGCAGCUGCGCCCACAGUGCCAAAGGAGUUGCUGAAUGAGUUGAAACCAGGAGGACGAUUGAUCUUGCCAGUAGGGCCAGAGGGUGGAAACCAAGUUAUGAUGCAAUACGACAAAACAAAAGAUGGUCAAAUUGUGGAAAAGAAUCUGAUGGGGGUGAUCUAUGUUCCUCUGACAGACAAGGAGAAACAGUGGCCUCGGGGUGAACUUUAAGAGACAUAAAUCAUUGUAAAGGAACUUUGGAAAGCCUGUGAACAAUGUUUGGAAGGAAUAGGCAUUCAAAUGCUAUAUAUACAUAAUGCUCUGCUUUUUUGAAUUGAUUGUUUUGAUGCUAUUUCAAAUACAAAUAUGGAAAAACUAAGAGAAAUCUUUCCAUCAGACUAACAGUUUGUAAUUUCUAAACCUUGGAGUUCAAUACAAUAAAAACUAACAGAAAGCACUAAUUCAGCAUGUGGUUUCAUAACUACAAAUAAACUCCAGUAUUUUCAGGAGUGGAAAGAACAAUUGAGUUAGGCUUCUCUAUACUGUACUAUACUAUGCCUUUCAUGAGCCAGAAAAAAGUCCUUAUUUGGUUAUCUAAUACUUGUAAAAUCUUUUGGCAUGUCUUGAAGGACAACAGCAUACUGGAAAUAACCUGCAUUUGUAACAAUAAAAUAAUUAAUUUGA